GUUAAAUGGGCAGUUGGAGAGGAGGGCUCCAGGCAGGUGUGACAAGAGAAGCCAAAGCUGAGUGAGCCUCUCCAUCUGGUGCAGAGUGAAAGCAGCCCAGGGCUCCACAGUGACAUCAGGAUGGUCGGUGAAGGCCCUUACCUUAUCUCCGACCUGGACCAGCGAGGUCAGCAGAGGUCCUUUUCAGAGAGAUAUGACCCCAGCCUCAAGACCAUGAUCUCAGUGUGCCCCUAUGCAAGGUUGGCACCUAACCCCGUAGACGAUGCGGGGCUGCUCUCCUUCGCCACGUUCUCCUGGCUCACACCAGUGAUGGUCAGGGGCUACGGGAACACACUGACUGGGGAAACCCUGCCCCCGAUGUCUCCCUAUGACUCCUCUGACAUCAAUGCCAAAAGGUUUCGAACGCUUUGGGAUGAAGAGGUGGAAAGGGUGGGUCCUGAGAAGGCCUCCCUGGGCCAAGUGGCCUGGAAGGUCCAGAGGACGCAGGUUUUGAUGGACAUUGUGGCCAACAUCCUGUGCAUAAUCAUGGCAGCCAUAGGGCCGACAGUUCUCAUUCACCAAAUCCUCCAGCACACUGAGAGUGCCUCUGGGAAAUUCCGGGUUGGCAUCAGCCUGUGCAUGGCCCUUUUUGCCACUGAGUUCACCAUCCUCUUUUGGGCCCUGGCCUGGGCCAUCAAGUACCGCACAGUGAUCCGGUUAAAGGUGGCUCUCUCCACCCUGGUCUUCGAAAACCUGGUGUCCUUCAAGACAUUGACACACAUCUCAGUUGGUGAGGUGCUCAACAUACUAUCAAGUGAUAGCUAUUCCCUGUUUGAAGCUGCCUUGUUUUGUCCCUUGCCAGCCACCAUCCCUAUCCUAAUGGUUGUUUGUGCUGUAUAUGCCUUUUUCAUUCUGGGGUCCAUAGCUCUUAUUGGAAUAUCCAUGUAUGUUAUAUUCAUCUGCAUCCAGAUGUUUAUGGCUAAGCGCAACUCAGCUUUCCAAAGAUCAGCAAUUUCAGUGACAGACAAGCGCAUUCAGACAAUGAAUGAGUUUCUGACCUGCAUCAAGCUUAUUAAAAUGUAUGCCUGGGAGAAAUCUUUCACAAACACCAUUCAAGAUAUAAGAAAGAGGGAGAGAAAGUUGCUGGAGAGGGCUGGAUAUGUCCAAAGUGGGAGCUCAGUGCUGGCUCUGAUUGUGUCCACCAUAGCCAUCGUGUUGACAUUCACAUGCCACGUCCUCCUGAGGCGCGAGCUCACUGCCUCUGCGGCAUUUAGUGUGAUUGCCAUGUUUAAUGUAAUGAAGUUUUCAAUUGCAAUCUUGCCUUUUUCGAUCAAAGCAGUGGCGGAAGCCAAUGUCUCUCUAAGGAGAAUGAAGAAAAUUCUCAUAGCUAAGCCCCCAUCUUACAUCACCCAACCAGAAGACCCAGAUAUCAUCUUGCUUUUAGCAAAUGCCACCUUGACAUGGGAGCAAGAAGCUGGCAUAAAAAGUGACCCAAAGAAAGUGCAGAACCAGAAAAGGCACUUUUUCAAGAAACAGAGGCCAGGGGUAUACAAUGAGCAGAGUCCAUCAGUCCAGGGGAUUGCCAGCCCUGAGGAGCAAAAUGGCAGCCCCAAAUCAGUUCUGCACAAUAUAAGCUUUGUGGUGAGAAAGGGCAAGGUCGUGGGAAUAUGUGGGAAUGUUGGGAGUGGAAAGAGCUCCCUCAUCGCCGCUCUCCUGGGACAGAUGCAGUUACAGAAAGGGAUCGUGGCAGUCAAUGGGACUCUGGCCUAUGUUUCACAGCAAGCCUGGAUCUUUCAUGGAAAUGUGAGAGAAAACAUCCUAUUUGGAGAAAAGUACAAUCACCAAAGGUACCAGCACACAGUUCGAGUCUGUGGCCUCCAGAAGGGCCUGAGCAGCCUCCCUUACGGAGACCUGACAGAGAUCGGGGAGCGGGGUCUCAACCUCUCUGGGGGGCAGAGGCAGAGGAUCAGCCUGGCCCGUGCUGUCUACUCCAACUGUCAGCAGCUGCUGGACGACCCCCUUUCAGCUGUGGAUGCCCAUGUGGGGAAGCAUGUCUUUGAGGAAUGCAUUAAGAAGACCCUCAAGGGGAAGACUGUUGUCCUGGUGACCCACCAGCUGCAGUUCUUGGAGUCUUGUGAUGAAGUCAUUUUGUUAGAAGAUGGAGAGAUUUGUGAAAAAGAGACCCACAAGGAGUUAAUGGAGGAGAGAGGGAGCUAUGCAAAAUUGAUUCGCAACCUCCAGGGGUUGCAGUUCAAGGACCCUGAACACAUUUACAAUGCAGCCAUGGUGGAAGUCCUGAAGGAGAGCUCUGCUCAGAGUCAGGAAGAUGCUGUUUUGCCCCCAGGAGAUGAAAAAGAUGAAGGAAAAGAAUCUGAAUCGGAGUCAGAAUUUGUAGACAAAAAAGUUCCCAUGCACCAGCUCAUCCAGACUGAAUCCUCUCAUGAAGGAACCGUGACCUGGAAGACAUAUCACACAUACAUUAAGGCUUCUGGAGAUUUGGUCUCCUCUCUCUCUUCAGUGUCACUCUUCCUCCUGAUGAUUGGCAGCUCUGCCUUCAGCAACUGGUGGCUGGGUCUCUGGCUAGACAAGGGCUCCCAGAUGAACUGCGGGCCCCAAGGCAACCAGACUCUGUGUGAGAUCGGCCGAGUGCUUGAAGACGCCAGGCAGCACAUGUACCAGUGGGUGUACGUAGCUAGCAUGGUGUCUAUGUUGGCGUUUGGCAUCAUCAAAGGCUUCAUCUUCACUAAGACCACGCUGAUGGCAUCCUCCUCAUUGCAUGACAGAGUGUUUGACAAGAUCUUCAAGAGCCUGAUGAGCUUCUUUGACACGACUCCCACUGGCAGGCUAAUGAACCGUUUUUCCAAGGAUAUGGAUGAGCUGGAUGUGAGGCUGCCAUUUCACGCAGAGAACUAUCUGCAGCAGUUUUUUAUGGUGGUGUUUAUUCUGGUGAUAUUUGCUGUUGUGUUUCCUGCUGUCCUUUUGGUCCUGGCUGGCCUCACUGUGGUCUUCAUCAUUCUUUUAUGUGUUUUCCACCAAGGAGUCCAGGAACUCAAGAAGGUGGAGAACAUCAGCCGGUCACCAUGGUUCUCCCACAUCACCUCCUCCAUGCAGGGGCUGGGUGUCAUUCACGCCUAUGGCAAGAAGGAGGAGUGCAUCCACAAGUUUAAGAUGCUAAAUGAUGAAAACUCUAGCCACCUUCUGCACUUUAACUGUGCUCUCUGGUGGUUUGCUCUGAGAAUGGAUGUCCUCAUGAACAUUGUCACCUUCAUUGUGGCCUUGUUGGUGACCCUGAGUUUCUUCUCAAUCAGUGCUUCAUCGAAAGGCUUGUCACUGUCUUACAUCAUCCAGCUGAGCGGACUGCUCCAAGUGUGUGUGCAAACAGGAACGGAGACUCAGGCCAAGCUCACCUCUGUGGAACUGCUAAGAGAGUAUAUUUUGGCCUGUAUUCCUGAAUGCAUUCAUCCCCUCAAAGUGGAGACCUGUCCUAAGGGCUGGCCUAGCUGUGGGGAGAUAACCUUCCGGGACUAUCACAUGAGAUACAGAGAAAACACUCCACUCGUGCUCAAGGGGCUGAACUUAAACAUACAAAGUGGGUAGACUGUUGGGAUUGUUGGAAGAACGGGUUCUGGGAAGUCAUCGCUAGGAAUGGCCUUGUUCCGCCUGGCAGAGCCGGCCAGCGGAACCAUCUUCAUUGACGAGGUAGAUAGCGGCACCAUCGGUUUGGAAGACCUCCGCACCAAGCUCACUGUGAUCCCCCAGGAUCCCGUCCUGUUUGUAGGUACAGUAAGGUACAACUUGGAUCCCUUUGAGAGUCACACCGACAAGUCACUCUGGGAGGUUCUGGAGAGGACAUUCAUGAAAGACACAAUAAUGAAACUCCCGGAAAAAUCACAGGCAGAAGUCACAGAAAAUGGGGAAAACUUCUCAGUAGGAGAACGUCAGCUGCUUUGUAUGGCCCGAGCACUUCUCUGUAAUUCAAAAAUCAUUCUCCUUGAUGAAGCCACUGCCUCCAUGGACUCCAAGAUGGAUGCCCUUGUCCAGAGCGCCCUCAAGGAUGCCUUCCGAGGCUGCACAGUGCAGACCAUCGCCCACCGCCUGAACACAGUUCUCAACUGCGACCGCGUCCUGGUCAUGGAGAGUGGGAAGGUGAUUGAGUUCGACAAACCUGAAGUCCUCGCCGAGAACCCAGAUUCUGCCUUUGCAAUGUUACUAGCAGCAGAAGUCGGAUUGUAAAGGUCCUUGUGGCUGAUUGAGCAGAGAAAGAAGAAGAAAAGGAGGAGGAGGAAGAGGAAGCAGAGAGGGGAAAAGGGAAGGGAGGAGGGAAGAGGUGAGGGGAGUAAUAUGAGGGGAGAAGCUGUCAUCUCAGCAGCAGUCUAGCCAUGGCCCUCUCACCCACGAAACGGGCAAAGCUGGGGCUGAGGCUGUGCCCCCUCACCUCCUAGAACCCCCAAGAUUCUCCUGUGUCCCCUCUAACACCACCUGCAAAUGGAAACAUUGUAACCCUCUGUUAAAGAGGAGUCAAAGCAAAGCAUGGGAAGAUACCUGGGAUGGAGUUAGCAGAGGUGCUUGUCAGAAGGGGAAGAGCAGAGCUUUCUUUCUGUUAACUUCUAUUCACUUCUCUCUUGACAAUGGGACUAGCAGUGAGUACACAGAUCUGUAGCAUGAAAGAUUGAUUAUAGUGUUUGGGAAAAAAUUUUUUUUAAAUCAUAUUGUAUGUUCCCAUUGAUCUAUUAAAAUAACCAGGAAAAAAAA